AGCGGAGACCGAGAGGGGCCUUUCCAGGAAGCACAUAAUAGAAGGUCUGAAGGCUUCCCUGGAGCGGCUGCAGUUGGAGUAUGUGGACGUGGUCUUUGCCAACCGCCCGGACCCCAACACACCUAUGGAAGAGACCGUACGAGCCAUGACGCACGUCAUCAACCAGGGGAUGGCCAUGUACUGGGGCACGUCGCGCUGGAGCUCCAUGGAGAUCAUGGAGGCCUACUCCGUGGCCCGGCAGUUCAACCUGAUCCCGCCCAUCUGCGAGCAGGCCGAGUACCACAUGUUCCAGCGCGAGAAGGUGGAAGUGCAGCUGCCCGAGCUGUUCCACAAGAUAGGCGUGGGCGCCAUGACCUGGUCCCCUCUGGCCUGCGGCAUCGUUUCCGGGAAGUAUGACAGCGGCAUCCCACCCUACUCGAGAGCCUCCUUGAAGGGCUACCAGUGGCUGAAGGACAAGAUCCUGAGCGAGGAGGGCCGGCGCCAGCAGGCGAAGCUGAAGGAGCUGCAGGCCAUCGCCGAGCGCCUGGGCUGCACCCUGCCCCAACUGGCCAUAGCCUGGUGCCUGCGGAACGAGGGCGUCAGCUCCGUGCUUCUGGGCGCCUCCAACGCCGACCAGCUCAUGGAGAACGUGGGAGCGAUUCAGGUCCUUCCAAAACUGUCGUCUUCCAUUAUCCACGAGAUCGAUAGUAUUUUGGGCAAUAAACCCUACAGCAAAAAGGACUACAGAUCCUAAGACGCCCUGCCCGCCUGCUCAGACAGUCCCCGUCUCCCUCCUAGUCUUUGUUCGCUUGCUUAAGCUGUUCUGAAGCCAAGUGAAGAGUGUGGUUUGCAUCAAAGAGAAAACACUCGCCGUGAUGUCAUCGGGAAAUGAUCUCCCACGUCGCUGCCAGACACCACCCACUGCUUCGCCAGACCACGUGGAAGCUGGAUUUGUGCCCGAGAAGCAUUGGUUAGGAAGGACGUUCAAGCAGUCCCACCCAAGCCGGUCGCUUCUGCUCAUCCUCCCAGAAAAGACCACCCAGCUGUCUCCCACCCUCGGCCCUUCAUGGCGAUUCCCGAAGUCAAGGCCAGGCCAAGGCCUGGUUGGGUCUUCUGGGUGG